AUGGGGGCGAAACCCAGCAAAAGUAUCAUUGACGAUGAGGAUGCUAUCUCUCGAAUCAAUCAUGCCAGCAGGUCAGCCACAAAUGACAGAUCUUGGUCGCAUCAACACUAUUAUCAGAGAAAGAGGAAUCAUCUCAAGCAAGUGCUGACGCCAAAGAGCAGAAAAAAGAAGAUGGUUACAUCCAAUAAUCAUGAUAAUAACACACCAUUACCAUCGACACAUCAUCCAACAUCUGCUACUACUGCUACUGCUGCUACGACACUGCACGAAACUCCGAGUACCUGUGCAACAGAACACCAAUUGCCUAAUCAAACCAUGGUAAUAGAACAUGUACAAGAACAACAACAACAACAACCAGAGCAGGCCGAAUCCAACUACAUUUUGACCAAACGAUCGUCGCCAUCAAACAGCAGCUCACAUUCGCCGUACGAUCCACUGAAAUCAAAGAAAAUGCGUCGAACCAACUCGCCAUCCGUGGUAGGAUGUAGCAGUGGAAUUGCGACGAAGCAUCUAUCUAUUAUUAGCAAUAAUACAACGCAAACAACAGACUACUCGAACAAAAGCAAUAUAAGCAGUGGUGGUUGGACAACCUUAUCGAAUGACCCAUUCUCUCAGAUCGAAGCAAACACAUCUGCAUUUACCGAAAUCACAGAUCAAUCGACCAUUUCAAGAAAAUCGCUUUAUCCUGUACUGGAGGCCUCUUCUGUCAAUAACGCACCGCCCUCUUAUUAUCACCAUCACCACCAUCAUGCAUCAUCGUCAGUAACAAACGUGCCGCCUGGCAUUUCGUCGUUUGAUAUCCUCGAUCAGCUAGAGAAACACCCUCAGCAUUCGCAUCAUUUAAUUAUUAAGGAGGCAUAUCAAAGGGCGCAGCAACAGAAUGAUGGCUACGACUGGAAUCAAUUCUACCUCGCUAUGCACCAGUAUAUAUCACUGCCAAACAGCUACAAAAGUAUUGGUAUCGUGUAUCUUGCCAAAUGCUUCAUGUUUGGCUUGGGCGUUUCGGUCAACAUUGAACGUGGAUGGAAGCUGCUGAAAUCACAUCCAUCAUGUGAGACAACCUACGCUCUAGGCCGUUGUUAUCUCGAUGGAACCGCUGCUGCUGCUGUUCAUAAAGAAAUCCAGGGGGUAGAUAAAUUAGCCGCGUUUGAAUGCUUUAAAAACGCCAGCGAAUAUGAGGCUACCAACGAGUCCAUACUGUCUACCAUUGGCGAGUCGCAAUGCACAUUAGCCCGCAUGUUGUUCCAAGGUGAAGGUGUUAGCCAGAAUACACAAGAAGCUUUGAACUAUUUAAUGAAGAGUGCCGAAAACAACAACAUGUAUGCACAGUUCCUUAUCGGUGUUCAUUAUGAGCGAGGAUUCGAUAUUGCACAAGAUCUUGAAAAAGCAAAGCAUUAUUAUGGAAAAAGUGCGGACAGAGGCUUUCCAGAUGCACAGGCUGCAUUAGGCAGCAGGUUAAUAGCAGAGGCUAAUUAUGCACAAGGCAUCGAAUGGCUUGAAAAGGCUGUGCAGAUGGGCAAUAGCCGUGCGCACGUACAACUGGGCAUUUUGUAUGAUAAAGGAGAAGGUAUCCAGCAGAACAAUGAUAUGGCUCUCCUUCAUUACAAGGCAGCUGUCGAGAACAAUAAUCAUGCAGCUCAGUAUAUACUCGGUCUGGUUUACUAUUUUGGUCGAUUGGGUAGACAAAAGAACCACAAGGAAGCCAUUCGCUUAAUUAAGCAAUCUGCAAUGGCGGGUUUGCCUUAUGCGCAACGUGUACUGGGCCAACUCUAUCAGCAAGGCAGCAUCAUGUCAUCAUCACACGAUAAUACAACCAAUUCAGACAGCCGACUACGAACAAAGAAGAAUGAACGUGAGGCCAUUCGAUGGUAUAAGCGUGCUGCUGCUGGAAAAGACGUCUGCGCUCUGGGUAUCCUUGGUAAAUGCCAUGAACACGGUAUAGGUGUCGACAUUGACUUGGAAAAAGCACUUGCAUUUUAUGCCAGGGCUGCUGAAGGAGACAGUCCAUACGUUUGCAAUGCGUACAUCGAUCAAGCACUUUUGCUGCAAAAGAUGGCAAGACACACAGACGCUUUUCGCUUGUACACGACGGUAUUGACGAAGGGCGUUGCCGACAAGGACGCCCUAUCGAUUGAAACAGCCAAACUCUCCAUUGCACGAUACCAUCUCUGCCGUGAUAUUCCAAGCGUGCGGUACGAUCCCUUGCUGGCCCAUUCUAUGCUGCAAACUCUGGUUGAAACUACAAACAACCCUCAUGCUCAUUAUUGGUUAGGCUCUAUUUAUGACGAGGGGAUUCCAGGCUUGUUUGAUAUUGACCGUGAAAAGGCAUUCAACCACUUUUUGAUUGCUGCAGAUGCUGGUGACAAUGACGCCACUUUUUUGGUUGCAUAUAUGAUGUCGAAUCAUGUAAUCCCUCACAAGGGCCCCGCUGAUGCCUUUCCAUGGUAUCAAAAGGCUGCUAUCAAGGGCCAUCCCAUGUCCAUGUAUUCGCUGGGCCUCUGCUACUACAAGGGGAUUGCGCAAGAAGACAACAAGCCCAAGCUAGACACUGCCCUGGAAUGGUUUGAGAAGGCUGCUCGACUCGGGGUAUCGGACGCCAUGGCUUACAUGGCUCGUAUCUAUCUGCAGUUUAUGGUAGCAAAUGCAAACCAACCACAAUUAGCUCAGCAACAUUUUGUCAAGGCUGUGCAAUGUCUCAAAAAGUCUGCAGAAAAGAACGACACCUAUGCCCAGCGUGAACUAGGCAAGAUCUAUCUGACAGGAAAAGGCUUGACCACAGACUAUGCAAUGGCCGUUGAUUUACUGAGCAAAGCAGCUGCAAAAAACGAUGCUGAGGCCAUUACUUUCCUGGGCGACUGUUACCACAAAGGUACUGGUGUUGACAAGAACAUGGACACUGCCGUUGAGCAUUAUUUACGUGCUGCGACAUUAGGUUACCCAUACGCUUAUUCAGCUACUGCUGAACUCUAUUACGAAAUUGGCAACAUGGAGCUUGCAUAUGAUUACUAUGUUUUGGCAUCUAAACAAACAAAAAUCGCACACAACAAAAUUGGAAAGACGGCUCGCAUGAUGAUAGCUCGCUUAGCUCUUGGUUACAUUCCUCUCGCUCAAGAAAACCCCACUCUCCUUCAAAACCUCAUCAUGUCCAACAAGACCAUCAGUGCUGAGGCUGCUUUUGACUUGCUGUCUACACUUGCUAUUCAAGACCAGUUUCCUCAGGCAUUUCAACCGCUUGGCUGCUGCUAUCUCAAUGGCACUGGUACUCAAGUGAAUCCAAUGCAAGCCAUCUUUUGGUUCCGUAAAUCUGCGGAAGAGCUCAAUGACAGUAUUGCCUAUUUCAAUCUGGCUGACAUCUAUGGCAGCGGGCUGGUUCAAGGCGUACCUGUGGACAUUCCAUUGGCUCUGUCCUAUUUGAACAAGAGUGCUGAUAUGGGAUACACGGAGGCACAGUAUCGUAUGGGUAUGAUCUAUCUCCAAGGUGAAUAUGGUGUAGGUAUGAACGAACGUACCGCAGCCAACUGGUUCAAACUAUCUGCAGCUAAAUCGCACGCUCAGAGCAUAUGGAUGUUGUCUCAAAUGGCAGGUCUUAUCAACCAAAGCGAAUUAGAGCUGCAGUAUCAAAAGACAGCUGCAUCACUGGGUCAUGUUCUUGCCAUGCGCGUCCUCGGCCAGAAGUACCUUAAACAGCUGGAUGUCCCCUUCUUGAACGCUUUAAUGCAACAAGAGUACCUGCAAGAAGCACUCAAGUACCUCCACAUGGCUGGCGAUGCAGGUGACACAGAGUCGCUGGUUCUUUUAGGCAAAACCUACAACAAUUGCACAAAAACCAAGAUCAAGUUUUCUGCUACCAACACGAACCAGCACCACAGCUUGCCUACACCUAGUAACACGCAUAGCAGCUUCUGUGAUGACGAUGAUGAGGAAGAAGGCGAAUCAAGAUUCCAAUGCGAGGAAGAUGAAAAGAAUUUGGCCAUUGAAUGCUUUGAGCGCGCCUCUGCUCUGGGUGAUAUGGAUGCCACAGUCUACGCAGCAGAAGCCUGGUACGAACAAAAGCAAUACGCAGCCGCAUUAGAAUUUUUUGAAAAAGCUGCAAGUCAAGGCAGUGUUCUAGCACGUUUCUUCUGCGCACGUUAUUGCAUUGAGGGAUACGGCGGCAGUCAAUUGAAUCCAGAAAAAGGCUUCCAGGAGCUGCUGAUAUGCGCCAAUGACCUGAAUUGCGUUCAUGCUUACAAUACGCUGGCUCAGUGUUACGAAAACGGAGUUGGCACAGUAAAAAAUGAUCAACUUGCAUACGAGUGGUACGCGCGUGCAGCAGAUACAACGCACGAUGCCGAAGCUUUCUAUCGCAUUGCUCGCAUGUACGCCCAAGAACGCAUCUCAACUGAAGCCACAGUCAACAAGGACAUGGAAGCCUGCAAAUUCUACAAUCUGGCUGUCAAUGCCACCAGUGACAGCCACGGUCCAUCCUGCUACCAACUGGGCUUGUAUUAUCUCAAGGGCAUUCCCUCACCAUCGAAUAGUAACUCAUUCCUGCUGCCACCUGACAUUUGUUUGUCGAUUGAAUAUCUUAGAACCGCAGCUGACCUCAAUGUACAAGAAGCCAUGCUUCAGCUAGGUGUAUUGUUCCUGAAUGACGACUACUCUUUGGAAGAACAAGAGGAAGGGCUGUCGAGACUGCAGCAUGCUGCUCAGCUGGGUUUGAGAGAAGCCCAAUUCGAACUUGGAUUGUUCUAUCAUCGCGGCAAAGAAGUCAUUGUAUCCAGCCGUUCAGAGGAAGAGGAUCAGGACGAACAGGAGCACACGGAGGAGGACGACCAAGACGAAGAAUGCGUCAUUAUCCCGCAAGAUUUUGAAAAGGCCUACGACCUCUUUUGCAGAUCUGCAGUACAAAAGCACCCGACAGCAACCUUCUAUCUUGGUAUUUACCAUCAACAUGGCAUAUUUGUCGCACCUGAUUUAGCUGUUGCAUUGGAACAGUUCGAAAUUGCGGUGGAACUGUUUGAAAAGUACGACACUGCACCUGACCGAUGGCAAGCCGAAUUCAAUCUUGCUCGCAUCUUGCAUCAUGAUCUGGAAAGCCGUGCUCGUGCAUACCAACUAUUUCAAGCUGCUCAUCUCCAUGCACCUCAAGAAUACAAGUUUCUCUCUGAAAUCAUGAUUGCUCGUUAUCAUCUCCAUGGUUGGGCCAAUGUCACUGUGCAAGCAGAGGAAGCCGCUGCCACACUUAUCCGAUUUGCACAAGAAGAAAAGUACGGCUACCGUGUCUAUUUACAAGUAGGUGAAUGCUUUGAGCAAGGCCUUGGUGUAGAAAAGAACUUGCGUCAAGCAUUCCAUUGGUAUGGCGAGGUUGUGAGUAAAGCUUAUUUGAUCGACCAACAGUCCUCGCAAGAAAUACUACCCAUGAUGCUACUGGAUGAAGAGAUUGAAGAAGAUGAAGCCUCUGCCAUGUUCAAGCUGGCUGAAUUCUAUCGACAAGGCUUGGUGGUGUCUCGAGACACAAAGAAAGCAGAUGAUUUGUAUCGACUUGCUGCUAGAAAAGGCUCUCAGGCUGCCCAAGACUAUCUCUCCCUUAUGCUUCAAAAUACUAAUCUAUAUGACUAA